UUUAUAUAUAGUUUAAACAUGAAGAAAACACAACUGUUCUUCAUAACUUUAAGUUAUUUUUGUACAUGUUCUCUAAUUAAAUGUCAAUCUUAUUAUGAAUACGAUACAGAAGAAGAUACAGAACCUACAAUAGAAGAAUUCUAUCUGCCACCAUCAACUUAUUUCCGUGUUAAUAUUGGCGAAGAAAUCAAAUUAUCAUGUGAUAUUAACUUGAAAAACAAUGAAGACUUUUCAGAAAGUAACUAUUAUAGAAUCUGGAAAUUAGAAAACGAAAUAAUUUUUUCAAACGGAAUUAUGACCAGCACUCACAGGAACAUCAAAGAAAAUUCGAAUGGAACCCUUAUCGUCAAAGUAACAUCAAAAACGUUGGAAAAAUACUACUGCGAGGUUAUAUCGCAUACAAAUACAAAGAAGGUUGUUGUAUACACUUUGGAUUCUAGAAAACCUAUUUUAAGUUCUGGAAGUCGUUUUAAUACAUCUUUAAACGUGUGUUUUGUUUUUUUGUUAAUAAUGUUGAUUAAUAAAUUGUGAAUAUAAAUCCAUUGUGUUUAAGCGCUGUUUUUCUAGAAAAAUAUAACUAAAGGUUAAGCUAUGUCCAAACAUUUUGGAGACACCUUGUAUAUUCCAUUUUUGAGCAAUAUUUACCUGAAGAAUGUCCCCGAAGUCUCCAAUUUAUAUCUCGAACUUAAAUAAAUCAUCAGUUUUAAUCACCUAACACAAAUAUUCUAUUCUAAUAACAUAUAAUAGAUCACAACCUUCCGAAAAAAAAGUACUUUCCCAAUACCGCACAAUCGACAUUCAAACCAUUUUUUACAAUCGGCGCGGGGGAACAGGAGCCAAGAGGGGGCCAUCCUCAUCUGUACUUUGCACAAGAAGUGGCUGGCCAACCUAAGCGGUAUAAAAGUCAUUGAUGAAAUCAAAAAGGCAUCCAGUUCUUUGCUUUUUGCAUCAAAGACACAAUCAGAGAAUUGCUAUGAGACCAUUGAUAACACUGUCAAUCUUAGUCCUUGCUGCAGUGGCAAUAAAUGCCGAGGCCAAGGAGAAGAAAACAGCUCCAGCUGAUGAUAAGAAACAAACAAAACGUGGCCUCCUCAGUUUAGGAUACGGUUAUGGUGGCGAUUUCGAUAACGGCUACCACGUAGGUCAAGGGGGAUAUGGAAUUGAUGGAGGAUACUCUAUAGGGUUUGGCGCCCUUGAUUUAGGACAUACCACAUCUGUAGAACGAACUAUUACUUUAGUAAAAGGAGUACCUGUGCCAUAUCCGGUAGAAAAACACAUCCCAUAUCCAGUUACUAAACACGUUCCUUACCCAGUUAAAGUAUUGGUACCACAACCUUACGCAGUAGAAAAACCAGUACCAUACCCAGUAAAAGUACCAGUUAAAGUAGCUGUACACGUACCACAACCCUACCCAGUUGAAAAGAUCGUCCACGUACCUUACAAGGUACAUGUAGACAGACCUUACCCAGUUAAAGUACUCGUACCACAACCUUACCCAGUAGAAAAACACAUUCCUUAUCCAGUGAAAGUACCAGUUCCUCAGCCCUAUCCAGUCGAGAAACGCGUACCUUACCCAGUGAAAGUACCAGUACAUGUCCCACAACCUUACCCAGUAUACAAACAAGUACCAUAUCCAGUGAAAGUACCAGUCGACAGACCUUACCCAGUUCACGUUCCUCAACCUUACCCAGUACACGUAAUCAAGAAUGUUCCAGUACCAGUUGAAAAACCAGUACCUUACCCAGUAAAAGUACUUGUUGAUAGACCUGUAGGAGUUCCUGUAGACAGGCCUUACCCUGUACCCGUUAAAGUACCGUAUCCAGCACCUUACCCAGUAGAAAAAGCAGUACCAUACCCUGUUGAAAGACCGGUACCUUAUCCUGUCAAAGUUCCAGUAGACAGGCCGUACCCUGUAGCUGUAGAAAAGCCAGUACCUGUGCCAGUCGAUAGACCAGUACCGUAUGCAGUUAAAGUGCCAGUUGCUGUACCAGUACAUUCUCACCAAGGUCAUCACGAUGGAGGUUAUGAAGGAGGUUACGAUGGAGGUUACGGUGGAGGUUACGAUGGAGGCUAUGAUGGAGGUUACGAAAGUUACGGUCACAAAUAGAAAAUUUCGUAGUGAUUCACACUGUGUGUGCCUUUUGCAAGUACCUAUCAAUCUGUAAAAACACUAUUUAUAUUUUUCCUCUUAAGUUACCUGUUCUUAAAUAAUAAAACCUGUUAUAUUUUUUGUAAAAA